AUGGUGGAAGGAUUACCUCAAUUCACAGCCUCUCAAAGGGAAGAUAGCACCAAGAUCCAUUUCCCAAAGCAAGCUUAUGGAGAGCUUCCAAGUAGAAAAACAUGGGUCUACUUCUUAAUAGAGAAGUUAGAAGCAUUUGGUACAUUCAAAUCCUACAAAGCACGGGUAGAGAAAGAAACUAGGGCAUUUAUAAGAAGCCUGAGGACAGAUCGAGGAGGAGAGUUCACCUCACAUGAGUUUACAAAUUUUUGUCAUGAGAAUGGGAUUCAUCGGCAGCUAACUGCAGCCUAUUCUCCCCAACAGAACGAUGUUGCAAAAAGAAAGAAUCGCACCAUCAUGAACAUCGUGCAAAGCAUGUUGUUAGCCAAACAAAUUCCCAAAACCUUCUGGCCUGAAGUAGUAAAUUGGACAGUGCAUGUGUUGAAUCAAUGCCCUACCCUUGCCAUGAAGAACAAGACACCUGAGGAGGCUUGGAAUGCACAUAAACCAUAUGUGGAUCAUUUCAGAAUUUUUGGUUGCAUUGCUCAUGUUCACAUACCUGAUACCAAAAGGGUGAAUCUUGAUGCCAAGAGCUGUAAGUGCAUACUACUUGGGGUAAGUGAGGAAUCUAAGGCUUAUCGAUUAUUUGAUCUUGUUUUACAAAAAGUAAUUAUAAGUCGAGAUGUUGUGUUUGAAGAGGAUCAACAAUGGAGUUGGAAUGACAGUCACAAGAAAGCUAUAACGGCAGAUCUUGAGUGGGAUACAGAUGAAGAAAAUAGCACAAUAAGGGAGGAAAGUGAACUUGAAUCUGGAACUGAUGAAGUUGUGGGAGAAACUGAAUCCGAGACUAACAGUGGCUCAUUGAUUGAAGAAAACAUUCAACCAGACGAGAUCUCACCUCGUAUGGAACGAAUUCAAAGACCACCAAUUUGGAUGAGAGAUUAUGAAACAUGUCAGGACAUAUCUGAUGAUGAGAGUGCUAGCAUGGCUCACUUGGCAUUAUUAAUUAAUCAAGAUCCCACGACCUUUGAAGAUGCUGUGAAGUGUGAAAAAUGGAGACAAGCUAUGGAUCAAGAGAUACAAGCCAUCGAAAAGAACAAUACGUGGGAAUUAAUGAAGUGA